AUGAUUAGAAGAAUUAGUAAUUUACGUAGAAUUUUUACAACGGGUUUAUAUCAUACAAGAAUGUUAUCUUCCUUCUCAGUAAAUACUCAAUGUACUAAUAAUCAAGGAGGUAGUUAUAACAAAAAUGACGAUGAAAAGGUAAACUCAAAGUUUUCGGGAAAUGUAGUUUUAUAUGCAUCAAUACUCAUGACAUUAAAAAGUUUUUUUGGAAUUGAAAAACUUCCUAUAAAUGAUGAUCCUAUACGUGAAUUGGUCAAAAAAGCUUGGUUUUGUACACAAGAUGGUAAAUUUGAUGAAGCAAUAGAAAUCUUGGAAGAAGCAGUAAAAUUGGCUUUUGAAAUAAAAGAUGAAAAAUUAGUUACAAGAAUUUAUUCUGAGCUUGGUGAUGUUUAUUAUAAAAUGAAUAACAAUGAAAAAGCUAAUGAAUAUUAUAAGAUAACUCUUCAACGUUACAUAGAAUUUCAUAAAUAUACUGAUAAUCAUCCUGCUUUUAUAUUGACAUCUAUUAAAUUAGCAACUGUCUAUGCUGAUGAAGGUGAUAUUGACUCUGCUGAAUUAGGAUAUAAACAUUGUAUAAAAAAACAAAUGGCUAAUGUUGAUGAGCAUCUUAAAAAAUAUUUAGUUUCUCAUGGUGCUUAUGCACAAGAAAAUAAUAUUGUUGAUGCUCGAUCUUUUGAAUUUUCAGAUCCAUUAGCUUUAUAUGGUUAUAGUUUAAACACUUAUGCACAUUUUUUGAUAAAUUAUCGUGAUGAAAGUAGAUUAACAGAAGCUGAAGAAUGUAUGGAUGAAUCAUUGAAAAUAGCUUAUACAAUUUAUGGAUCAACAAGUUUUCAUUUAAUUAAUAUUUUAAAUAAUUUUAGUUCAGAUUGUAUGAGAAAAAAAUAUUAUACUUUAGCUAGAAAAUAUUUAGAAAUUGGUAUUAAUAGAGUUAUCAAUUUAACAAACAAUAAUGAUUUAAUAGUUGAAUUUUAUUGUAAUUAUGCAAGAACAUUAUAUGAGACAGGUGAAAAUGAAAAAGCAAAAGAAUAUGCUGAGAAAGCAGUAUCUUUUUCUAAAAAUAGUAAUGAAAAUAUUCAGAAUAAUAUAAUGAUUUCUUGUCAAUUUAAUGGUUCAUUUUUGGAAAGAAAUUAUUUAUAUUUUAUUUGUAAACUUGUGACAACUCUUCAAAAAUGGAUAAAAGUUGAUGAAGAAAAAACAUUGUAUACAAAAACUAAAUCUUGUGCUAAGAAAAUAGCUACAAAGACUGGAGAUAAAAUUAUUGAAGCAGUAGCAAUGAGAACAUCAUUUAAUGUUUCACCAAGUAAAUCAGAUACAUCACUAAUUAUUAAGACAGCAAACAUCAAUCUUAACAAAGAUACAAAACAACAAUCUCAAAAAAAAGUAGUAUACCAAAAAUCUGAUAUAAAUUUCGAAUUACAAGACCAAAAAAGAAAUGAAGAAAUUGAUGAAAACUUAAAAAAAAGGUUAAAUGAAGCUGUUGAAAUUGUAUCCCAAUUAAAUAAUAUAACAGAUUGGAAUUUCAAUAUAAAAAAAGUUUCUCCAAAAUGUAAAUCUGUUCAUGGUGAAAUUGAUUAUAUUGAAAAUAAAACAACAGCUGCAAAAAAAUAUCUAAAAUUAUCAAAAUAA